AUGUCGGGAGCGAAGCGUGGGUCUCAAGCCACUUCCCAUGCACUAACGGCAGUUAGUCUGAGAGAAGAAACUUCAGAGACAUUGCAGAUUGCAGCAAUAAAACUGCAGAAAGUUGAAGUACUGUGCCUACUAGCAACUUCUCAAGUGAAUGCAACCGUGGCCACAUUACCCUUCAUUAGGGGGCUGGAAGUGGUGGCAGUAACGCCAGAAUGCGACGCCUACCAAUGGAACAGAACGGAAGAACUCGCGUUCUUCAAUGCCAUUCAAGGUAGAGUGGGCCUAGACAUUGCUCUCUCGUUCUCCGCGGCAGUCUGGGAGGCAGAAGUUCACGACAAAGCUGGGAACCCGCAGUGCACGGACUGGACUCGUAACUCAAGAAAUAUUGUGAGAUGUCUGAAAGAGAACCCGAUCGAGCAGUGCGAAAACAUCGCCGUCUUUGUAACGAAUGAUACAAUCUCGAAAAUGGUUCACUACGCCAAGUCAAAGGCUGUGAAUGCAUUUGCGAUACUCAACGCAGACGAGAUCAUCAAGACUAGAGAGUUGAACCGCCCAUUCCACCUUCUAAACUUUACGAUGCCAGUUCGAGAAGGUCUGCAGACGAAGGACACACAGCAGCGAGCCAUCCAACUGCGACCACCUGAUGUCCAUGAAUGGGCAUCACGUGAAUCGGGCGGGGAAUUGGUGACGGCGGAUACAAGCGCAGAGUUCGAGACAGAGCAAGCAGAAACCGACGACGCAGUUCUGGGCAGCGAACAUGCAUCCAAGUCCGACAUGGUGUAAAAGGCAUCAUGGGAGCACCAAAACACCAUGGGAGCACCAAAAUACCAUGGGAGCACCAAAACAUAUGCGGCUGUUUCAUGACCUACAUGAUACACACGUCAUGGCCUA